UCCCUCUUCAUAUUCGUCUCCAAAUCCCCCCCUUCUCCCAUUCCUCUCACCCAUCUCUCUCUCUAGAAUCCGAAGACACCAUCUCUGUGUCUCUCUCUCUCUCCCUCCCCCCCCCCCCCCACGCCACAAUGGCCGCAGCCAAAAAGCUCCCCUUACAGACCAGCUCCAACGCCAACGUCGCCGCCUCCAUACCCCCACCCGGAAAAACCAUCGAAGAAACCUACCAAAAGAAAACACAGCUCGAGCACAUCCUCCUCCGCCCCGACACCUACAUUGGCUCCAUCGAGAAGCACACCCAGACCCUAUGGGUCUACGACGACAACAACGAGAUGGUCCACCGACCCAUCACCUACGUCCCGGGCCUCUACAAGAUCUUCGACGAGAUCCUCGUAAAUGCAGCCGACAACAAGCAGCGGGACCCGUCCAUGGACGCCGUCAGGGUCACGAUCGACGUGGAGCAGAACCUGGUGAGCGUGUACAACAGCGGCGACGGGGUGCCGGUCGAGGUUCAUCAGGAGGAAGGGGUUUACGUGCCGGAGUUGAUUUUCGGGCAUUUGUUGACGAGUAGUAAUUACAAUGACAACGAGAAGAAGACUACCGGUGGGAGGAACGGGUACGGCGCGAAGCUUACGAAUAUUUUCUCGACCGAGUUCGUGAUCGAGACGGCCGAUGGGAAGCGACAGAAGAAGUACAAGCAGGUGUUCUGUAACAACAUGGGAAAGAAAUCGGAGCCCAUCAUAACAAAGUGCAAGGGGAGCGAAAACUGGACCAAAGUUUCAUUUAAGCCUGACUUGGCAAAAUUCAACAUGACCCAUCUUGAAGAUGAUGUUGUUGCCCUGAUGAAAAAGCGAGUGGUUGACAUAGCAGGAUGCCUUGGAAAAACAGUGAAGGUUGAGCUUAAUGGGCAACGUGUACCAGUAAAAUCUUUCCUGGACUAUGUUAAUCUCUAUCUUCAGUCUGCCUCCAAAGCCAGACCUGAUCCCCUUCCAAGGAUUGCUGAAAAGGUUAACGAUAGGUGGGAGAUUUGUGUGAGUCUUAGCGAAGGGCAGUUUCAGCAGGUCAGCUUUGUCAACAGCAUUGCAACAAUCAAGGGUGGGACUCAUGUUGACUAUAUCACAAACCAGAUUACAAACCAUGUAAUGAGUAUUGUAAAUAAGAAGAACAAGAAUGCUAAUCUAAAAGCCCACAUGGUGAAGAACCAUAUUUGGAUUUUCGUCAAUGCUCUUAUUGACAACCCUGCUUUUGAUUCUCAAACCAAAGAGACUUUGACAAUUCGCCAGAGCAGUUUCGGGUCGAAAUGUGAACUCUCACAGGAGUUCCUAAAGAAAGUUGCCAAGUCUGGGGUAGUGGAGAGUCUCUUGUCCUGGGCAGAUUUUAAGCAGAGCAAAGAUCUCAAGAAAACUGAUGGGACAAAGAGACAGAGAAUCACUGGGAUUACUAAGUUAGAAGAUGCUAACGAUGCUGGAGGGAAGUACUCUGAUAGGUGUACCUUGAUUUUGACAGAAGGAGAUUCAGCCAAGGCCCUUGCGAUGGCUGGAAUUUCUGUUGUGGGUCGAAAUUAUUAUGGGGUGUUCCCCUUGAGAGGUAAAUUGCUCAAUGUCAGGGAAGCAAGCCAUAAACAGAUCAUGGAGAAUGCAGAAAUUCAAAACAUCAAGCAGAUUCUUGGACUCCAGCACGGAAAGGAGUAUGACAGUGUCAAGUCUUUGAGAUAUGGUCAUUUGAUGAUCAUGACUGAUCAGGACCAUGAUGGAUCACAUAUUAAAGGGUUGUUAAUAAAUUUCAUUCACUCUUUCUGGCCUUCGCUGCUAAAAAUUCCUUCAUUCUUAAUAGAGUUCAUUACACCUAUUGUGAAGGCUACUCAUAGAAAUGGGAAGGUUUUAUCCUUUUAUUCCAUGCCUGAGUAUGAAUCAUGGAGGGAAAGUUUGGGAGGCAGUGCCAGUGGUUGGUCUAUCAAAUACUAUAAGGGGUUGGGAACAAGUACAUCAAAGGAAGGGAAGGAAUACUUCAAUGAUCUUGGAAGCCACAGGAAAGACUUCAUCUGGGAAGAUGAACAAGAUGGGGAAGCAAUUGAGCUUGCCUUCAGCAAGAAGAAAAUUGAAGCAAGAAAGAAUUGGCUCCGACACUUUGAGCCUGGUACUUACCUUGAUCAGAAGGAGAAGCUCAUCAAGUACAGUGACUUUGUCAACAAGGAGCUUAUACUGUUUUCAAUGGCAGAUCUUCAGCGGUCAAUACCUUCGAUGGUUGAUGGUUUGAAACCAGGACAAAGGAAGAUCCUUUUCUGUUCUUUCAAGCGCAACUUUGUUAAGGAAGCAAAAGUUGCUCAGUUCUCUGGUUAUGUAUCUGAGCAUUCAGCUUACCAUCAUGGGGAGCAAAGUCUUGCUAGUACCAUUAUUGGUAUGGCGCAGGAUUUUGUGGGCAGUAACAACAUAAACCUUCUCCAACCCAAUGGCCAGUUUGGCACUCGUCAUCAGGGAGGCAAAGAUCAUGCGAGUGCUAGGUACGUAUACACUCGCCUUUCUCCUAUUACAAGAUUCCUGUUCCCCAAGGAUGAUGACAUCCUUCUUGACUACUUGAAUGAAGAUGGGCAAUCUAUUGAACCUACUUGGUACAUGCCGAUCAUACCAAUGGUACUAGUCAACGGAAGUGAGGGAAUUGGGACAGGAUGGAGCUCCUAUAUUCCGAAUUAUAGUCCAAGGGAUAUAGUUGCUAAUGUGAGACAUUUAUUAAAUGGUGAGCCAAUGGACGUUAUGGAUCCAUGGUACAAAGGGUUCAGAGGAACGAUUGAGAAAACAGCAACCAAAGAAUCUGGGGUUAGUUACACUAUCACUGGAAUUAUAGAGGAAGUCAAUGACACCACACUCAGGAUUUCAGAGCUGCCAAUCCGACGAUGGACUCAAGAUUACAAGGAAUUUCUGGAAUCAAUUAUGACGGGGAAUGAUAAAAUCAAAGAUCCUUUUAUCAAGGAUUACAGAGAGCAUAAUGAUGACACCACUGUCCAUUUUGAAGUUAUUUUAUCAGAAGAGAACAUGACGGCGGCCAAGCAAGAGGGCUUGCUGAAGAAAUUUAAACUCACCACUACAAUCAGUACAAGCAACAUGCACCUCUUUGACGCGAAAGGCGUGAUUAAGAAAUAUGAUAAUCCUGAACAAAUUCUUGAGGAUUUCUUUCACAUAAGGCUUGAAUUCUAUGUGAAGAGAAAGAAAGUCUUACUGGACAAUCUUGAAAUGGAGUUGUUGAAACUGGACAACAAGGUUAGGUUCAUACUCGGGGUUGUGAAAGGAGAUAUCAUUGUGAGCAACAGGAAGAGAGCAGAGCUGUUUAUUGAGCUGAGGGAUAAACAGUUUACUCCUUUCCCCAAGAAAACAAAAAAUGUGGAUGCAGCAGUUGCCGGGGCAACUGAUGAAGCAGAAGAAGCCGAAGAGAACUCAGAGGUGGUGGCUGGAUCCAAAGGAGUUAGAGCUAGUGAUUACGAGUACUUACUGUCAAUGGCCAUUGGAACCUUGACACUUGAGAAGGUUCAGGAAUUAUGUGCAGAAAGGGAUAAACUCAGUGGAGAGGUUGAUGAGUUGAGCAAGGCAACUCCAAAGUCUUUGUGGAUUAAAGAUCUUAAUGCUCUGGAGAGAGAACUUGAUGAACAAGAUAAAACCGAUGUUCAGGCAGAGGCAGCAAGAAAGAAGAUGAAAAGCAGGGUGAUGGGUGAAGCUGGUCUUAAGGCGGUGACCAGACAAGCACCAAAGAACCCACGGAAGAAUAAUAAGAAGAAGACCGACGAUACAGAAACUGUUUCAGAAGCAAUGGAAACAACAAGUAGUUCUGCAAUGGAAACAGAUAACGUUCCAGAGGUUGCAAAACCAAAAGGCAGAGCAGGUCCAAAGAAGGCCCCAGCUAGAAAGCAGGAGAAGCCGUCCUUGAUUUUGAGAGAUGAAGAUGAUGAUGAUGAUGAUGAGGUUCUUGAACUAAAAGACCGACUUGCUGCUUACAACCUCGAAUCUUCUCCUGAUCACUCUGAAGGCAUGGAAACUGAAGUGCACGAAGCACAGGCCAGGAAGAAAGCUCCUAGUAGAAAGGCUGCUGCUGCGGCACAGAAGAAAAAUUUGUCAACUGUGACAGAAAUUUCCGACGAUGAGGAGGAAAAGGAAGAUGAGGAGGAAAAGGAAAUGAGUGAUGAGGAUUUUGAGCUUGAAGUCGUAGAUGUGGCAGAAGUAGGAAAGAAAAAGGGAGGGAGAAAACCAAAGGCAGCAGCAAGUGCUAAUGCCGCUAAACCUGUUGCAAGGAAAAGAGAGCCAGCUAAUAAGCAAACAACGGGUCAGAAACUGAUAACUGAUGUUUUGAAGCCUUUAGAAAAUAUGGGAAUUUCACCUGAGAAGAAAGUGAGGAAAAUGAGGGAAUCUCCAUUUAACAAGAAAAGUGGUUCUGUUUUGGGAAGGAUUGGAAAAGAUCUUGAGCAGAACAUUUCGGUAGAAAGCGAAGAGAGUACUGAGGAUACCAGUGAGGUAUUGGCUCCAAAGGUCUUACCACGAAGGAUGAAUCGCGGGAAAGCAACGUAUGUUGUGAGUGAAUCCGAAAGUGAUGCAGUUACUGAUGAUUCUGACUUUGAUGAAGAUAAAGAUUAGUUUUUCUUUUAUUUUUUAUGAGGUCAGGUGAGUGCUGCUGACUGAGAUUGGAAAAUGGGAAACAAACAUUUUCCUGUAGUUCGUUUAUUAUGACUUCGAACUUGCAUUGUUUUCUUGUAACUCGUGAGAUGUAUAACUUUGAUGUGUAAAUUGUGACAAAAAACAAGCUUUAGAACGUUUGUUUUUUGGAGUUUUACUUUCCUGGGUUUCUAAGGAAGAAUAAACCCGCGAAACUUGCUAAUA